UGUGUCCAUUUAUUGCACAGAUAUAAGGACAAGGAUCACGAUGCAACUAUGUCAAUCUUGGAUAUUGGCUUACUAACUGGCUUCACUGUCAACAAAAAUGACCUGGACAUGUUGGCCAAAGGACGCGCCCGUACCAUUGCAAAAUAUGAGAUGAACACAGUUCUGUCAGAGAGAGGUUCAUUGAUCAUCUACCUGGACAAGGUUUCUCACACACAAUCAGAGGAGAUCACUUUUAGGAUCCACCAGACUCUGAAAGUGGGCGUCAUGCAACCAGCGGCUGUAUCUGUCUAUGAAUAUUAUGACCAAACACAAUGUGUGAAAUUCUAUCAUCCAGAGAGGAAAGCUGGGCAGCUGCUGAGGCUCUGCAGAAAUGAAGCAUGCACAUGUGCUGAAGAGAACUGCAGCAUGCAGAAGAAGGGUAAAAUCAGCAAUGAUUUACGCACAGAUAAACCCUGUGAGAGUACACCUACCAGCAAAAUAGAUUUUGUUUACAAAGUGAGAGUGGAAGAAUUCACAGAGGGUUUGUCCACUGAUAUUUACACAAUGCGGAUAAUGGAAGUGAUCAAAGAAGGAACUUAUGAUGUUGGUCCCCAGGGUAAACUACGUGCAUUCCUCAGUUACCCUCACUGCAGGGAGGCUUUAGAUCUGGGUAAAGGGAAAACGUAUCUCAUCAUGGGCACAUCAAAGGAUAUUCACAAGGACCAAUCGUAUCAGUAUGUGCUCGGUGAGAGAACCUGGAUCGAGUACUGGCCCACAGACGCAGAGUGUCAAAAGGAUGAACACAGGCCAACAUGUUUGGGCUUGGAGGAGAUGGUCACGCAGUACACUCUCUUUGGAUGUCCACUGUAGUACAACAGCAGAAAAUCCACUGUCUUUGUUUCUUUUUAGUUUUUACAUGUUUUAUGCAAAAAUUUAACUGUUAUAAAAUGUAACAGAUCAAAAGGUUACUCUGUGUGGAAUAAACUGUAAAGUCUUCAUCUAA